ACUGUGAGAGAAGAAGAUGGCGGCCUCUGUGGUGGUGCCGCCUGGUGUGGUGGCCGGUCGGCCCAACAAGCGCAGCGGCAGCGGGCCGGCAGGCGGUGGCAGCGGCGGCGGCGGCGGUGGAGCAGCCAGAGGGGCGGAGGAGGAACAGCCGCCGCCCCUACAAGCAGUUCUGGUGGCCGACAGCUUCAACCGCCGCUUCUUCCCCAUCUCCAAGGACCAGCCUCGGGUCCUCUUGCCCCUGGCCAAUGUGGCGCUAAUUGACUACACUCUGGAAUUUCUGACUGCCACAGGUGUACAGGAAACCUUUGUCUUUUGUUGCUGGAAGGCUGCCCAAAUCAAGGAACAUUUAUUGAAAUCCAAGUGGUGCCGCCCUACAUCCCUCAACGUGGUUCGAAUAAUUACAUCAGAGCUAUAUAGAUCACUGGGGGAUAUUCUCCGUGAUGUUGAUGCUAAGGCCUUGGUGCGCUCUGACUUCCUUCUGGUGUAUGGGGAUGUCAUCUCAAACAUCAAUAUUACCAGAGCCCUGGAAGAACACAGGUUAAGGCGGAAGCUGGAAAAAAAUGUGUCUGUGAUGACGAUGAUCUUCAAGGAGUCAUCCCCCAGCCACCCAACUCGUUGCCAUGAGGACAAUGUGGUAAUGGCUGUGGAUAGUGCCACAAACCGGGUGCUCCAUUUCCAGAAGACCCAAGGCCUCCGACGUUUUUCUUUUCCUCUGAGCUUGUUCCAGGGCAGUGGAGAUGGAGUGGAGAUUCGCUAUGAUUUACUUGAUUGUCAUAUCAGCAUCUGCUCUCCUCAGGUGGCUCAACUCUUUACAGACAACUUCGACUACCAAACUCGAGAUGACUUUGUGCGAGGCCUGUUAGUAAAUGAGGAGAUCUUAGGAAACCAGAUCCACAUGCAUGUGACAACUAAGGAAUAUGGUGCCCGGGUCUCCAACCUACACAUGUAUGCUGCUAUCUGCGCUGAUGUCAUCCGCCGAUGGGUCUAUCCUCUCACCCCAGAGGCGAACUUCACUGACAGCACAACCCAAAGCUGCACUCACUCCCGACACAACAUCUACCGAGGGCCUGAGGUCAGCCUGGGUCAUGGCAGCAUACUGGAGGAAAAUGUGCUCCUGGGCUCUGGCACUGUCAUUGGCAGCAAUUGCUCCAUCACCAACAGUGUCAUUGGCCCCGGCUGUCACAUUGGUGAUAAUGUGGUGCUGGACGAGGCCUUCCUAUGGCAGGGCGUCCGAGUGGCUGCUGGAGCACAGAUCCGUCAGUCUGUGCUCUGUGACAAUGCUGAGGUCAAGGAAAAAGUUAUCCUGAAGCCACGCUGUGUCCUCACUUCCCAGGUGGUGGUAGGCCCAGAUAUCACGCUGCCUGAGGGCUCGGUGAUCUCUUUGCACCCUCCCGAUGCAGAAGAUGAUGAGGAUGAUGGUCAGUUCAGUGAUGAUUCUGGGGCUGACCAAGAAAAGGAGAAAGUGAAGCUGAAAGGUUACAAUCCAGCAGAAGUCGGAGUUGCAGGCCAGGGCUACCUCUGGAAAACAGCAGACAUGAACAUGGAGGAAGAGGAGGAACUACGGCAGAAUCUGUGGGGACUCAAAAUCAACAUGGAAGAAGAGAGCGAAACUGAAAGUGAGCGAAGUAUGGAUUCUGAAGAGCUAGAUAGCCGGGCAGGCUCCCCACAGAUGGAUGACAUCAAAGUGUUCCAGAAUGAAGUCCUGGGAACUCUACAGCGGGGCAAGGAGGAGAACAUUUCUUGUGACAAUCUAGUCCUAGAGAUCAACUCUCUCAAGUACGCCUACAACAUAAGCCUGAAGGAGGUGAUGCAGGUGCUGAGCCAUGUGGUCCUGGAGUUCCCCCUGCAACACAUGGAUUCCCCACUUGACCCAAACCGCUACUGUGCCCUGCUGAUUCCCUUGCUCAAGACCUGGAGCCCUGUUUUUAGGAACUACAUAAAGCGUGCAGCUGAUCAUUUGGAAGCAUUGGCAGCCAUUGAGGACUUCUUCCUGGAGCAUGAAGCCCUUAGUACUUCCAUGGCCAAGGUACUGAUGGCUUUCUACCAGCUGGAGAUCCUGGCUGAGGAAACAAUCCUGAGCUGGUUCAGCCAAAGGGAUACAACUGACAAGGGCCGGCAGUUGCGCAAGAACCAGCAGCUGCAGAGGUUCAUCCAGUGGCUAAAAGAGGCAGAAGAGGAGUCAUCUGAAGAUGACUGAAGUCGCACUACCUGCUCCUGUGGGUGUGGUUGAUUGCCCUCCUGGUUUCUGGGUCAGGGCAAGUGAGAGGCUAGUUGCAGAAGGAUGAGUGACCACCAUCUGAGCUGAGACUUAAAGGAGCAGAGGCUGGAGCUACAGUAUUCUUCCCACCGCCAGCAGCCAUGUGCCUCCCAUCCUGACUGGGGAGUUGAGAUGAGGGAAGUUGGGCUGGAUAACAACUCUGCCUAAGGAGGAGCUAGGCAGGCCCUGCAGUUAGAGGAAGGCCAGAGGAACAGCUUUGUGCUCUGGUUUCCCCUCAGGGAACAGCAGAGAGCAGUUGGCCCUCUCUGUUGCUUGUAUUUGUUAAUAUUAAAAAACAGAGAGAGGGGUAUAUUUGGUUUCUCUGCAACUCUGACUGAUCAGCAGUUGAAGUAGGUCAACAAAGAGUUCUCAACCUCUGAUGUGGUAGCCUUUCUUAACACCUGGUGGAGAGGGAGAAGAGGGGUGUUAUGGCCACUAGGUGGGACUGUGGUGCCUCACUAGUUGACCAUUGCCAUGGCCAUGGUGGUAGAGGGCCUAGAUUCUUUUCCAGACUUUGUGGGCCAAUUUGUGGUCCUGGAGUGGUGUGCCUGAACCUAGUUCUGUAGAGAGUCCUAGUCCAAACACUUUUCUGUCAGAAGGUGGUGAUGCCAACCAUAUGUAAAGUCCAUUAACCACUGCCAGUCUGUCACAUGCUCUGUCCAUUUGAUCCAGUACUACUGUCAAGAGAAGCUGGGCUACUUUUCAUCUUAUAGAUAAGGGAAUUUGCUCAAGGUCUCAUGACUCUUGAGGGGUAAAGCUAAGGACUUGAGCCUCAUAAUCCAGAAUUCUUUUUCCUUCAGCAUAUUCAGUGUCUCAGUGAAGGGAAAUUGCCCCCAGAGGCAAAUACAACCCCAAGCCAGCAAUGGAUAUCCUAAGAACAGAGGAAGAACCUGUGAAAUGGGCUGUCCCCUAAUAUUGAGAGAGUAUCUACUGCAUGACAGACAUUUGUUUUUUAUAUACAUUUAUUUAUUUAUUUUUGGCUGCAUCGGGUCUUAGUUGCGGCAUGCAGGAUCUUUCAUUGCGGCGUGCGGGCUUCUCUCUAGUUGUGGCGUGCGGGUUUCUUCUCUUUCUAGUUGUGGUGCGGGCUCCAGAGCACGUGGGCUCUAUACUUGAGGAACAUGGGCUCAGUAGUUGUGGCACACAGGCUUAGUUGCCCCGAGGCAUGUGGGAUCUUAGUUCCCUGACCAGGGAUCAAACCUGCAUCCCCUGCAUCGGAAGGCAGAUUCUUUACCACUGGACCACCAGGGAAAGUCCCCAGUCAUUUUGCUAAAUACUUUUCAUGUGUUAUUUUAGUUAACCUUCACAUCAGCCCUAUGAAGUAGGUCUUAUCCCCAUUUUCAGAUGAAGAGGCUGAAGUUCAUAGAGGUCCUGUAACUGGUCAUUGAUAGAGCAAGGAUUUGUUAUUGGACUCUAGAGCUGGAAUUUGUCACCUAUAUUGUCUCCUUUAACCUCAAACAUGAGACAGGCCCUUCUAUCUCACCUUUUUGAGCUCUUUGUUGCUUUCCUAUAAACCUUACUCUGUUAACGCUUAAACUGUAGCAGAUGUCUUUGGUAACAAGUGGCCCUCCUGGACAUCACAGGUAAAAUGGUUGCCUUUUCUUCAUUUCAUUUGGGUGGAGAGGAGUAAGAUGAGGAAGGGGAUACUGAACUGUACUAAGGGGUAUUAAGGGGCAUUACUCAGUAUUUCUAAAGAGGAAAAAACAGGCUGGCCAGGGUUUGACUUAAUUUACUUUUCUUAUUCAGUGAAUUUCAGUUUCUCCUUUGUCAAAUACAGGACCUAGUGACUAGAGAGCAUUUGAAGGUUAUGGCAUGGACCUAAUAGGGGUGGUUAAAUACAAGCAACUGUAGGGUACCUCUGAUUUAUACCUGAUGGGUGGCAGAGAUCAGAAGUGGCCUAUAGAACUUUUUAGGAGGAAAAUAUUCCUUCUAGUUGCAGUGAUUAGGGAAGGCUUACAGGAUUGUGACACUUGAGUGGCCUAAAAAAUAGAAAGGGUAGAGGGAACAUUAUGAGCAAAGCAAAGGGUUUCCAUUUAAAUAUGGCAGAUUAAUAAACACAUGGGCUUUGGGGACUUCUCUGGCGGUCCAGUGGUUAAGACACCGUGCUUCCACUGCAGGGGGCACGAGUUUGAUCCCUGGUCCUGGUCGGGGAACUAAGAUCCCUUGUGCUGUGGAGCGGCCAAAAAAAAAAGAGAAAAAACUCAUGAGCUUUUUACUCCAAAACCACUUUCAAAUGGUAGCAAAGGAAUUCUUCAAAAAAGGCACGUGACUCAAUGAUAAGGAAAACAGAAGGUGACAACAAUGAAUGAGAGACAUCAACAUUUUGGGGAAAAAAAUAAAUGGAAGGGUGAAAGUUGACCUAGCAGAGCAGAAUGAGAUGGGCUCUACCUGCUGAGGUGGUUAUUAACAAGAAGCAAACCAGUGUGCCCUUCUGAACCCAGAAAAGGCUCAGUAGAGGGGUUAAGGAUUGGGUCCUGAGAACUGGGGGUGGAAUGGAGGAGAAUCAGACAAAGAUCUGUAUGAGAAAAAGCUCCCUCAGGUCCCCACUUUAUCUGAUCCAACCAAGUGAUUACCCCUACUUCUCCUCUGCAGGAAAUGGGAGAUUUAGUCUGGAGAAAUGGUGGGGAGGAAUUUCCAGAGAAAUAUCUAUGAAGGUUUCCUAAACCCAAAGGUCAUGAGUUUCUACACUGACAAGAGCCCAUGAGUGCCCAGCAUAAUGAACAAAGUAACACCACGAAAUUUCAGAACCUCAGGGAAAAUAAAUCUUUAGAACCUCUGGAUUCGAUAGGAGACGUGGUGGGGAUGGGAUUGAGGGGCUAGAUUGAAAAUGAGGUAUUAAAUGAAAGUAUAUGAGUGGUAGGGCUCUGAAUGUCAGCACACACUGGCUUAUACCCCCAGGCCAAAACUAACUAAACAAUUGCAGACCAAAGGCCUACAAAUAC